AUGCAAUUGUGCAAGAGGCCCAACACUCUGGAUUCAAGCGCCCGCAUAGCCGUCGAACAACUAAAGCAACAAGAGUCCUGCUACGACCAUGUCAUACUCAAGGCCACAUCAGCCACGACAAACACAGCAAGCUCCUUUCAGCUGUUCCAGACUGGCGUAGGCGGACUCGAUACACUACGUGCCAAGCUUCGCGGUCGUCACACCCAAUUUGCUCUCUUGCGUGUCCAAGGGCGCAUCUUGCUCAUCGUUUCCCUCGGUCAAGACAAUACCGGUCUCAAGCGCGCUCACGUCCUCAUCCAAGGCAGAACACUCCAAGCAUCCCUCGGAGCCGUGCUCUUCGCUACAAUCAGCAUAUCCGCGAUCUCUGAGCUGACUUCUGCUCUCGUCGGUUCCAAGCUGCAGCUCCAGGGCUUUGCUCAUGUCGAUGAGCCGAAUACAAAUCAAGACUUUCGAGCUUCUUGGGCCUCCACGUCAGCCGCAAGCAUUGUCUCUCGUGCUCAACCAAGUGCACCCACGUCGCCCGAGGAGCUGGACCACGACACUACAAAUUGGUCCCGUCUCGGCUCAGAUCUGUCUGCUGCUCGGCGUGUUGCUGCUGAUCUGCCCACUAGCAUCAGCUCUGAAUCCAAUGUAUUGGACUCAUCCUCGCAUUCAAGUCGCUCGACGCCGGCGGAGGUCGGCAGCAAAGGCUUGCUCAUCGAUCUCGAAUCGGUCACUGGAACGCGAAUGGGUCGUACUACUCUCUCUGUCCCUUCUGGAAUGCCUGGGUCAAAUGAUAGGAGCCUGCCUGCAUUUCCGAUCGUUUCCGAGGCCUCUGAGGGUAGCGAAGGAGAACCACGUUUGUUGACCUCCUCAUCAACGCAGCCUCACCUCGAAACCCCUGCGCUAUUGCGUAAGAGCAGGGAACCAAGCCACCGCGACCGCCCACCAAGGUUGAGGAUGAGCUCGUCCGAAGAUCACAGGAAGCGUCUUUCCGACGAGCGUCAACGUGUUCGCGCCGACGAGUCCACCAAAGAUGAAGUUAUAAGAAGGCUUCGAGCUGACCAACAAUGCUUGCCCAAAUCGCCCUCGAACCGCACACCGCGCGCUGCGAUCAGUCCACCGUUGGCCCCUCCACCUCCUUUCGCACCUCCUCUGGCUCCUCACUCGCCUUCGUCGGCUUCGCUUCGGUCUCGUGGCUCUUCUAGCCUUCACUCACCUCGCUUUCCACUGACACGGAAGCCUGAAGAUGUUGAUGAUUCUGCUAGGACGUGGCCGACCAGCAUGAUGGCGACCAUCAUCACGGUCCCACCCACUCCCGUGACUCCUGGUCCACAGAGAUUCGAACAGGCCCCUACAGCAUCCGCGGACUGGCUUUCGGAUCUGCCGAGAGUUUCAGAGAGCGGCGACAGUGUGCGUACCAGCAUGCAAACCUUAAGCCUUUGGGAAUACGCCGACAGUGUAACGCAGCACGACUCCUUUGCGCGCACGUCCAGCCUGGUACUUCCUGCAUCCAAAGGCAAAGUCCUCUCUCAUCUGAACGAUGAUCCUUCGGGGACUGCUACGCCGGUUCGAGCUCGCAGCAGAUCGGCUUCUUCGGUGCUGACAGUGUCACCGGAUAGAUACGCGUUGGCAUCGUCAAGCUCGAGAGGCAGUAUCGACGCUCCUUCCAUCUUCGACAAGGAGCUGCCAUUGCCACCAGGAGAGCGCCAAGACGAUCAAGGAGACCAUUGGUUCGGCCCUGUGGGAUCGCCGGAUUCUGUCACACAUCCGGCUGCGCCGUGGAUUGGAACUGCCUCGUCGCCUCGCAGGCCACAAAAGAGCCGCGCCGGCAGUCCUGCGCACGAAGAGAUGCAAGGUCUGCGCGAACAGCUCGCGCGGGCAGAGGAACGAGCGAGAGCAGCUGAGGAGUCCGCCAAGAUGGCCGUGCUGGAGGCACAGAGCGAGAAACGUCGGCUUGCACAAGAGCUGGCCAAGGCGGAACAGGCUUCGACAGACAAGAUGGAGGCUGAAGCUGUACGCCGGGCAAAGUGGGCCAAGGAGCAGGCGGCACGCAACCAGCUAGAAGCGUACGAGCGAAGCAAACUCGAAGCAGACGAGAUGCGGCGACGCCGGGCCAUCGAGGAGCAGCGACAGCUCGAAUGCGAUCGAGCAAACCGCAUCAGGGAGGAGCGAGAAUGGUGCCAGCAGGAGGCAGCACGCGUCAAGCGCGAAUACGAGGUCAAGAUUCAGGUUCUUGCUGAGCGUGAGGCCAAGCUCAAGGCGGAGGCUGAAGCAAAAGAGAGGCUUGAAAGGGAGCGCAGGGAGCAGGUCAAAGCAAGGGAAGCUGGACGACAGGAACGACUCGAACGACUGGCCUCUGCCUUGCGGGAGGCGGAAGGAGCACAGCCUGAUGCAAAGACGGAACCGCUACUGACGGGAUGGCUGAAUUUGCAAGAUGAAGGCGAAGUACACCGGAGGAGGCGCUGGUAUCGAGUGAUGGACAAGCAGCUGGCACUGUCCAAAUCACCAACGGAUCCGAAUGUCUUGACGUCCAUCCCGUUGGACCCAAUACGUCUGCUCUCGAUCAGCGACGGUCACGAGGACUCUCUCAUGAGCCAUGCUCUCUGCUUGGAAGUGCAGCAGGCGACCGAAAUCGAUACGAAGGUUGAUGGUGCGGCGGAGAUGAUGACGAAGCGCACCUACAUUAUUUCCACAGAUACCCUUGAAGCCAAGGAAGAGAUCGAGCUCGUUGUUGAGGCUAUUCGCGGCCUCUGA